AUGGCGCGAUAUCUUCUCCGUGUUGUGGGGGAUCACGUCAAAGUUUUAGUCCUCGGCUGUUGUCCAGGACUAACAAAUGGUUUGGUGAGAUUUUUGAACUUCCCGUGUUGCUCUGGGAAGAACGUUGUCUGUUAUUUCUUCUCGUUUUGUGAUCUUAUCUUAGUGCCGUUGCACUUUGUUGUGCUAUUAUAAAUCGCGAGAUUGAGCAAGCCACGUUUUUGUCAACGUUUUUGUCCUAGGAUUCGUGUGAGAUGUCAUUUCAAAUCCUCCAAUAGACAACUUGCAUGUUAGACAAAUUUUUGAUUUAGGCAAAAAAAAGUAAAUCCUCGUAAAGAACUUAUUAAAAUCAGUAAAAUUGCAAAAUUUGGUUGCGAAAUGUUGUAAAAUGCAGAAAAUAUAGCCUUGCGAAGUUUGCAAUUUUCAGUCAUUUUGUAUUACGUGCGAAAAUUGUUACCAUUUUCGAGCCGAAAAUAUGCAAACUUCGCAAGGCUAUAUUUUCUGCAUUUUACAACAUUUCGCAACCAAAUUUUGCAAUUUUACUAAUUUCAUUAUUUUCUUUUUAACUGUUGUGUUUUAUUCCCUUCUUUUUACUUAGAUUAAAAUUUAGUCUAACAUGCAAGUUGUCCAUUCGGACUGGACUAGAUUUCAAGUCCUCGCAUUUUGAUCCGAUUCGAAAUAUUGCACAUCGCAUUGCGUUUGGACUGGACGCUUAAGGCCCAGACACACCGGACGCGAUUCGACAACGCGACGCGAUUUUUAGUUUUUGAAAGUUAAUAAAACAGCCAAUGAGAGCAAAUUUUGAAAGAUAUAUAGACCAAAUAACUCAAAAUGUUAUAGCGUUUCUAAAUAUUUGGAAAAUUUAAACUAGUAAUGAAAGUUAUCGGUCAGUGAAAAUCGAAAAAUUUCGUCGCGUUGUCGAAUCGGUUCCGGUGUGUCUGGACCUUAAGGCUCGGGAUUCUUGAUAAACUAUUGGAAUUUCAAUUUAGGUGUACAAAAUGCUGUCGUACUGCAAGAAUUUGGAACAUCUUGACCUAUCUCAAAACAUUAUUUCAGAUCUGGGAUUAAACGGGUAAGAUUUUUUACCUCGUUGGAUCCUUGAAUGAGUCCUAAGGAAACCUUGCAAUUUUAAGACUUGUUUUACAAGUAAACUACGUGAAGCGUUCCUCUUUUAAGUUCCUAACUUGAUUGCAAAUUUCCUCAUUACCUUAGCAAAUUUGAAAAACUCCCUUGCAAAUCCCUUGAGGGAAUUUGCAAUGUUCUUUAGGGCCAAAUAAAUUUUCCUCAGUUCCUGUUAGAAGUUCUUAACUUCCUGUUACAAGUUCCUAACUUCCUGUUCUGUUCUGCGCGUUGUAAUUGGCUAACAAAAAUAAUCUGCCAAUGAUAACGCUCAGAACAGAACAGGAAGUCAGGAAAUUAAAGCAGGAAGUUAGGAAAAUUUGAAAGGAACUUUAUUUGUGUUGGAAUAUUGCAACGGCCGACAGGAAAAUUGCAAAUUCCCUCAAGGAUUUGCAAAGCGUUUUUCAAAUUUGCAAAACUGAUUAUGAAAAUUCCAAAUGAGUUAGGAACUCAAAAGAGGAACGCUUCACGUAGUUUACCUGUAAUUAAGUAAAAAUUCCACUAUUUACAAAAUUCCACCACUUUUACGUUACAUGAAAUCAUGGAUAAUAAAAUAAAUGGAUAGGAAACUAGCUGACGUGACCUGAUGUUUUCAAUGGUCAGCACUUGUUUCCAACCACCAAACUGACAUGACGUCAUUUUCAGAAGAUUGAAGAGGUGUUAAAUGGCUAUGUAACUAGCCCAAACCCUACCCCUACUCUAACCCCUAACCCUAACCGCAACCCUAACUCUAACCCUAACCAAAUUAAUUAAAAAAUCCAAAAAGAAACAACUUUAGAAAUUGAUCAAAUGACGUAAUGUCAGUUUGGUAGAUGGAAACAAGUGAAAACCGUUUUCAAUGGGCUGAUGGCGUGAUUGGAUGUUGAAACCUAGUUGCAAACCAAAUUCUCAAAAACGGCAUGUUUAGCAAUAAUACAGCUAAACAUUUUAGUCAACGAGCAAAUGAAUAGAACUACGCCAUUCUACGAUGAAAUCUCUAAGUAUUCCCAGUCAAUUUUAGCAAACAUUUCAAGCACUAAACAGUGAAAAAUGCAUCCCAAAUUUCGUUAAAAUUAGGGACGCCAAUUUCGUAGCUACAAAUGUAAAAAAAUGCAAAACAAAGACGAAAAACAUUUACCUUGAAUACUUUGUCGUGGCUUAGGCAUGUUUUUAAAACAAUUAGACCAGUUUAUGCUUCAAUAUUACUCUUUUAAUGCGGAAAGUAUAGCGAAACAACAAAAAUGCCGAGAACUUUGCAAUACGCGUGACGUCACAGAUUGCAACUAGGUUGUUUUUGCUUACGUCAGCUAGAGUCCUAUACAUUUAUUUUAUUAUCCAUGAUGAAAUCAAACAGUGUCCAGUUUUUUUUUUUGGGGGGGGGGCACCCGGUAGAAUAGUCCGUGAUUUCUGACCACGAAGAGUAAGCCAAUCACAAUAUUUUGCUUUUGUAUAUUACAGAUUGUUUCGAAAAAAUGGCGGUAGAAAUUUGCGACGUCUGGACUUAUCGGGCUGUGCAAAAAUCACCGACAAAACUUUGAAAAAACUUUCUGUCGCACUCACCCCCCGGGUUACGAAUGACCGCGCCAGUAGCGGUGGGUCUGGUGACGAACACAGUGAUUGCUGUCAGGAUGAACUGAUCUCUGUAACUCAUGGACUGCGAUAUCUCUCGCUGUCCGGAUGUUACCAGAUUACCGACGAGGGAAUAAG